AUGACAAGCGACGAUCAGUUCUUUUUCGACUACCUUUCUUCCAUACCCCAUGACGUAAGGCGGUACUCUGAGCAGGUCGCCGACUCGAUCGACCGAUCAGUCGACCAAGCGGCGUCUGCUAUUCGAAAUACACUGUCUGAACAAACAUGGAUACCUUCUUCUGUACGGCCGCCGGUGCGCGCCUCUCAGAUGCGGUCAUCUCCCCGCGGUCUGACCGACCGAGUUCAGGACUGGAUGAUCCGGAAUCGCGCGUGGACCGCGGCUAUCCUUGCAUUUGUCGGCACAGGCUGUGUCUUGCUUUAUGGAAACAAGAAGCUGAAUUCCAAACGGAGAAAGGCCAGAAAAGCGGGUAACGGAUCCCGCAAAGAGAUUGUCGUUGUUGCUGGAUCACCACACGAGGCUAUGACUAGAGCGAUCGCGGCGGACUUGGAGCGUCGAGGAUACAUUGUCUAUGUGACGGUAUCAUCUGCGGAGGAGGAACAGAUUGUCCAGUCCGAGAAACGAGCUGAUAUUAAGGCGCUUUGGUUGGACUUGACCACGACACCGUCGAACCCUUCGGAUAUUCAUCCUUCGUUGCACGAACUGCGAAACCUGAUCACACAACCGCAGUACCCGUCCCCGGGAAUGCUCCCCCAUACCUGUCAGCUAAGCGGUCUCAUCAUCGUACCCUCGGCCAACUACGCUGCAGGCCCUGUCGCAACCAUUCCACCUUCGUCAUGGGCAGACGCUGUUAACACCCGCGUUCUCUCUCCAAUCCUCACUACGCAAGCCUUCCUUCCCCUCAUGACCCUCCGCAACAACAACAGCACAAUCGUCUUCGCUUACCCGACCAUCUCCUCCUCUCUAUCCGCCCCCUUUGCUGGUCCAGAGGUCACUGCUACCAGCGCCGUUUCCUCGUUCGCCGCCUCUCUUCGACAAGAGCUCCGACUCCUAGAGCGUGGCAACGUCGACGUCGUCGAGCUUCGUUUGGGCAACAUCGAUCUGGGCCCUGGGUACCGAAACCCGCAGUCCCAAAUCACCGGAACAGAGGUCCUUGCCUGGAGCGUCCAGCAGCGGGCCCUAUAUGCUCCUCAGUACAUGUCCAGCAUUGAGCAGCGACCGGUCGCAUCUGCGGGCCCUGGUGCUGUGCGAGGCUCUUCGGCCCGAUACCUCCAUCACGCCGUGAUGGAUGCCUUGGAGCCGACAGGCCUGAACUUCCUUGGGCAAAAGAAAUCCAAGAAGUCGGUCAUCUAUGUUGGCCGGGGUGCUCGAUCCUACAGCGUAAUCGGCGCAUGGGUCCCGAGUGGACUUGUUGCCUUGAUGAUGGGUUACCAAAGUGGCAAUACAGGCAAUGAUAGUCCCAGUAGUGGCAGCGAAAACAGCUGGGAGCGGGUUUAA